AUGUUUGCGCUGAAUGGUCAACCAAAAGACGUCGUUCAUGACUGGAGUAUUGGCGUGUCCAGAAUAAAGGAUUCGUCGGGAAACUGGAUGGCAAUGGACCACAAAAGCAGCAGGGGUGUCGGAGGAAUUCACAGCGGUUGUGGCAGAGAGGAUGGACUACGGACGAGGGAGUCACGGCCGGACUACGAACGAGGGAGUCAUGGCCGGACGAUGGAGCAGUUCUGUUGA